UCCUGCCCCCUUCUCGCUCUUCCAGGGGAGCUGCACAACAAGAUUCUGCAACAGCUCGGACCCAUGCACCGCCUCCUGCUCCGGACCACAUGCCGCUACUUUCGCGCCAUCAUGCCGCCCCUCAACCCUUAUGAGCUCUUGGCUGCCGAGGCUAGCAAAAUUGGAAUGGAGCGGCAGCUCUACGCAUGUUCCUUCUGUCACAGACUUCGACCCGCCUCGAAAUUUGACGACAGCAUGAAGGAGUGGGCCAGAGGAAAAGGGGCACGAGACAGCAUCAACCGAUUCUGCCUGGACUGCGGUGUC